CCAGUCUUUUUGUUGCAAAAUGGCGUCGAAGAGUGAUAAAAUAGCGUUGAUUACAGGAAUCACUGGGCAGGAUGGUUCCUAUUUGGCAGAGUUCCUUAUCAACAAAGGCUAUCAGGUGCAUGGUAUAAUACGGCGGUCAAGUUCAUUCAACACUGGUAGAAUAGAGCAUCUAUAUACUGACCAGACAGCCCACAGUGGUGGUUCCAUGAAGCUACACUAUGGUGAUCUGACAGACAGCACAUGUUUAGUGAAGAUAAUCAGUCAAGUCCGGCCCACAGAGCUAUACAAUCUAGGAGCACAGAGCCAUGUCAAGGUAUCAUUCGAGCUUGCUGAAUACACCGCCAAUGUAGAUGCCCUGGGAACGUUACGAUUGUUAGAUGCUAUUCGUACUUGUGGACUCACUGACCAGGUGAAGUUCUACCAGGCAUCCACCAGUGAAAUGUUCGGCAAGGUCCAAGAAAUCCCGCAGAAAGAGACCACGCCUUUCUACCCGCGAUCUCCAUACGGUGUGGCGAAGGUUUACGGCUACUGGAUUGUGGUGAACUACCGAGAGGCGUAUAACAUGUUUGCCUGUAACGGGAUCCUCUUUAACCAUGAAAGCCCAAGAAGAGGAGAGACAUUUGUGACACGGAAGAUCACACGAGCGGUGGCAAAGAUCAUCCUGGGGCAACAGAAGGUGGUAGAGCUGGGAAAUCUCGACGCCAAGAGAGAUUGGGGACAUGCUAAAGACUAUAUAGAGGCAAUGUGGCUGAUGUUGCAGCAGGAAAAGCCGGAGGAUUUUGUGAUCUCAAUGAAUGAAGCCCACAGUGUUCGAGAGUUUGUUCUUGCAGCGUUUAAAAAAGUCAACAUUGACAUUGUCUGGGAAGGAGAGGGAGUUUCCGAAGUUGGGAAGAACAAGGCCACGGGGGACGUCCUUGUAAAGGUCAACCCACGCUUUUACAGACCCACAGAAGUCGAAUUCCUCCAGGGUGACUGUACGAAGGCUAAGACUGUGCUAGGUUGGACUCCAAACUAUGACUUUGAUAAACUUGUUGGCGAGAUGGUGGAAUCUGAUCUUGACCUGAUGAGAAACCGACCAAUGGCUUAAACACUGUGAUAAUAUCUCUAUGAAUCUGAAAUGUGGGGGUUUAAAACAUAUAUACCGGUACUGUGCAUAGUAACCAUGCAGAUUGAAUUUCAUAUAAUAUAUUGAGGGUUAAUAUCAGUUUUUAUGUUCAACAAUGUGCAUUGUUUCCAUUCAAAUUGUAUUACAUAUAAUAUAUUGAGGGUUAUCUAUUUUACUGUUUAAUAUGUAUCUAUAUAUUUAUUUAAUUUUUAGCAUUCAGCCAUAUAAUAUGUUAUGUUUGAUCAAAUAUUGGAUGAUCAUCUUGUCAUUAUUAGUUCAUUAUUCUUGAAAUAUGAUUUCUGAUUUUUUUGUUAAAAUAUUUUUCUGGCAUUAAUGCUCAUUUCUUAACAUCAGAUACACAGGAGUGUGAUUUGUUCGCUGAUUUAGAUCAAGUCACUUAAAAAUAUAUUUUUUUCUUUUUAAAUGAUUAAAAAUAAUUUAAGUGGUUGCUUUAAGUUGUUUCUUUACUUAAAGUUAGUAUUAACACUCUACACGUCUGCUUCCAAUUUGAAGCCAGGAGAGCCCUCAAGAGAGCUUCUCAAAAGUCAGUCUUGCUUCUGCGGUAGCAGCAGUUUUGCACCCAUUCACCAACAUAGGGGACCUAAAGCGGGCCCAAAACACCCUUGCCGAAAAGGUUUUAGCCCUUCAGCUGUCACAUCUGCCAAACUGGUUCAUGCUUGAUGUGUUGUAUGCCUUUAUGAUUUCAAGGUGCAUCUAGGUUUUUUACCAAAGAAUUAUUGAUUUUUUUUUCUUUAUUUUUCAUUGUUAUAUACACUUAUAUAUACAUUGAUUUAAAUAAAAAUGGCUAUCAGUGCAUAUUUAUAAAGACAAUCAAACUGACUGUAUCAAUCCUAUCAUGAUAUUUAUUACAAUUAAUACUGUCAUAUGAAAACAAAUAAAUGUAUAAUUUAUAACUGUAUAAACCAGUGGUCAAAAUCUGGUUUUUAUACAGCAGGGCUUGUUCAAAAAUGUAAUUCCAAGCAAUAGUAUAUGAAUUUUGGCUUGUUCUUCCAAAAGACUAAUAACUAAAGAUCUGUAUUAAAGUAAGAAUACUGUGGCAUCUGCCCCCCCAAUUCCUCAAAAAUCAAUAAAGAUGCACUCUUACUCCCAAAUUAGAUUUACUAAAAUUAAUACAAUUGUUUAAAUAUACCAAAAAGAUAAAUAAAUGCCAAUAAGCAUGGUUCUUAUGAAGGAUUCUGAGUUUAAUUUCAAAAGAAAGGUGCAGAAGUCAUGGUAUUUCUACCUUAUAAGACAAUAGUAGAUCAAAGUAAAUCUUUACCACUCACCAAUCAUUGAAUAUUUUUGCAUUUUCAUUUAUAAAAUAUACAGUUAAAAUCUUGUUAUUAGUCAUUAAUAUUUCCCAUAAAUGCAUUAUUGAGUAAGUAGUUAAAGGUUAUGCUCAAAAUGUUAUUUUUGUCAUACAUGUGUAUGUAUUAAUUUUGAAUAAGAGUGUCCAUUGAGGCAUUACAGGAGUAAGCAAUUUGUUUCACUUCAUUUAGCCAAAUAACUUACUCAUACUUGAUUAACAUAACAUAAUAAUUUAUGGUGAUUAUCUUUAAAAUAAUUUCCUUUAAAAGUCUUACACAUCUUAAAAAUGAUGAUGUUAAACAUCUUAUACCAAAACAAAAAUUCUGAGAUUAGCUUGAUCCUUUCUUAACAGACUAAAUCGGGUUCGUGAAAUCGGGGCCUGGUUGUUCCCAUUUUUCAGAUCUAAAGAAUCAUCGUUUGUGUUAUAUACAUUCCAGUUUUAUUGUGGCUUUUGUUUUUGUGUUUGAUUUUCUGUUUAUGUUAUAGUCAUUAAGUAGAUUAAGUAAGGCAUCUGAUUCUUUCCGUUUAAAGUUUCAUUGCAAUAUAGUUCUUCUAUGAUCACGAGUGAAAGUUUGAUCUGUAAAUGUAACUGGAAAACCAUUUGUAAACCAAUCUUCCAAGAUAAGUUGAACGCACUUCCCUGAAAAAUGUAAAAUUUGAACGAUACCAUGUACAUGUAUUAAUCAUUUUGUCAGCAAAACUGUAGUAACUCAUUCUGUUAAUAUUAGUAGUUACUUCUUUCUUGCAAGCUACCAUUGAUAUACAUUUGAUUUUGACAAUAGUAUUAGCGGGUGAACAUUUACAUUUACAUAUAUUUAUGUUAUAACUUAAUUCAGUAUUUAAAAAAUCUUUCUUUGAUUACAUUUAUUUGUUGAAGAAAUUGCAUUUCAGUUAGGAAACUCUGUCAUUUCUAUCAUUAUUAACCCUUUGCAUGCUGGGUAAAUUGUCGUCUGCUCAAAAAUGUUGUCUGCUUUAUUCUAAAUUUCUUUCAAUUUACUUAAAACUUUGGGGAUAUAUUGACUGAGUGGCAAACAGCUUGGAACCUGACCAGGCGCUGAGUUACUCGGUGCCUGGUCUGGUUCCAAGCUGUUUGCAAAGCCUUUAAAAUCGCCAUCAGCAGCCUAAGGGUUAAACAGUGCGCUCAUAACAAUUUUUCUUCAUAAUACCGGGUAUGUGGAAACUUUGAAGUCAUUACAUGACAAUUAUUGUAAUGAUAUUGUUCUUGUGUAGCUCAUAACCAUAUACAUUGUUAAUUUCUGCUUUUACAUCUUGAUUACUUUAUAAUACAGCUCAAUGCUAAAUGAGAUGAUAAUAAUGAUUGAAUGUAAUAUCUCUGAUUUUUUUAUUUGUUUAUAUACAAUCUGUUUUGAAGGAAAAUUAUCUAACAAUUAAAAACUGCUUUGAUAAAGUCUGGAUUGAAUUGGAAAUAAUCCAAAUUUUACAUUGACAUAUAUACUGUCUAAAAUUGAAUAUGAAAUAUUCCCUGUUCAGGGUUCCCCCUUUUUCUUUGAUUGUGUCCAGGGACCAAUAUAGUGUUUGAAAAAACACAAAAAGUUUUUUGUUUCUUUUAAUACCAUUGAAAAUGCUGUUUAUCAAAGUUGAAAAAUAACAUACUUCAUUCAUUUUUUGCAUUUACUCUUUCAGGCAUUUUAAUGUCAUUGUUUCAAUUUCAGUGUCUCCAUUGAUCAUGAAUAACAUUUUUCUAAACACUUAUUUUCUGAUAUUUUUUUCAUGUGAUCAUUUUUCCAUUCCCAUCUUACACACAUGAUAUUGGGACAAACAUUGUAUUGUUCUUACUUUUCCUAAAUGUAGUACUGGAAGGACUUUGUUUUAAGUAUAUCAUUAAUAACCAUGAAAUCCUGAUAUGUUUUAUUUUAACUGAUUAAAAAACUGUCCCAUUUGAUGCCAUGUAAAUUGAAUCAGACUGCAAUUUUUAUCUAUAUGUAGAAUAGUUUUCUAAGUAAUGUUUUUGCUAAGCUUGUCUGUUUUGUCUGGUCAAAAAGCCUUGGUCAUAAAACAAAAAUAUCAUGUUAUGAAGACCUGGAAUUGAGUUCACAUAUUACCAGUCAUAAUAUUAUACUGAAAUGUGUUCUAAGGUCUUUAAUUCUGGCUUAAAUUUUGUUUGAGUUAUGUGCCUUUUUGACUGAAAACAGACAAAUGUUGAAAUCGGCUUGCAAGCAUUGAGCAUGGAAUUCCUCUGGUGAGAGUUAGGUGUUGACAAGCGCUUGCAAGCAUUAAGCAUUGACAUCUGCUAGCAAGCAUUUAGCAUUUACAACCACUUGAAAGCAUUUAGCAUUGACAACUGCUUGCAAGCAUUUAGCAUUGGCAACCGCUUGCAAGCAUUGAGCAUAAUUGGUAACCACUUGCAAGCUUUAAGCGUUUACAUCUCACACUUUGAUUCAUUCUUUAGGUAAAAUAAACUUUAAGUUGAUUGAUUUUCUUACUUUUGUUUUACCAGUAAUGGGAUACAAUUUUGUGUUGAUAUUUAUAUAUAGCAUAUAUCGAGGGGUGAAAGCGAAAAGGUUCUAUCUGCUUCUUUAUUUAAUGUCACUUAGAACCUUUUCGCUUUCACCCCUCGAUAUGUGAUUAACAAAUUGUCUUAUUUAACAUAUGCUUUUUGUGUUUCUUUACGUCAUACAUACAAUCUCAUAUCUUGUGUUGCUUUUGCUUUUUUUGUCCUAAAAAGGGUUGUAUGUAUUAGUGAAUAGUGAUGCAGUAUUUUUGCUUACUUGGGACAUUAAAUCAUAUUCACCAGUAUUAAUAAAGAUCUUGGGAGAAUA